AUGGCGUGGGCCGUCUCAUCGGGUCGUUUCUUCCUUUGUCCCUCUUCUGGUCUUAGCCUCGUUUUCUCAAGCGCGAGAGUUAGGGCCACACAGACAUUUCUUUGGAAGCGAGUGAGUAGACUCAGCGCUCGCUCGAUGAGUCAACCCGGUUCUGCGUCCUCCACCGUUCCCGUUAGUACUUCCUCUCAAAAUGACGAGUCGCAGGCCGAAAUCGCCGACGUUAUCGUGCAAUACGUGGUGCUCCGGCGAGACCUGAUUGACACUUGGCCCCUUGGAAGCGUGGUUACACAAGGUUGCCAUGCUUCUGUGUCAGCCAUCUGGUCCAAUAAAGAUGAUCCUCACACCGUCGAUUACUGCAGCCCGGAGAAAAUAGAUUCUAUGCACAAGGUCACACUUGAAGUGAAAGGAGAACCUCAGAUUAUAAACUUGUCUGAGAAGCUCACAUCUGGUGGCAUUGUUCACAAAUUGUGGAUUGAACAACCUGAAAACAUACCAACAUGCCUUGCAACAAAACCUUAUCCAAAAUCAAUGGUAUCUUCGUAUUUUAAGAAGUUGAAACUCUGCAAGUGAUCCCAUGUUUGAUAUCAUCCCUUUUUUUUCCUGCUACCUGGGAGGAAAUGCACUGAAAUGCGAUGCAAAGUGCUUGUUUUUUCUGGCAUAUUCUCUUACACUGUUAAACAGAUUUCAAAUGGAGCGGCUGAUUAGUAAGUCCAUUAACAAUGCAUCCGUGAUAAUUUUUUUUUACAUCUAGCUUAAAUGCUGGCCUUCAUGGUUGUAAACUUUCAAAUCCUUUUAUUUACUCAAUGAAAGAGAUCGUGUUCCAAUGAGGCAA